GAGACCAGGUGAGCUAUGGGCUGCCUACAGCUGAUGUGCGGGGGGACGGUGCUGGGCGACCAGUGCCCUGUGGAGGUGGACUUUCCCUGCCAGCCACGCAAAUACCGAGCCUUCAACGGUUACUGUAACAACGUGCAGAAUCCGAGAUGGGGCAAUACCAACACUCGCUACCUCCGUUUCCUCCCGGCGGAUUAUGGCGAUGGAGUUGCUGUUCCUCGCCAAGCUGUUUCUGGUGACUUCCUGCCAUCAGCGCGAGCCAUCAGCCUGGCUCUGCACCGUGACCAUGACACACCCCACAAGUUUAUGACAUCUGUGGCUGCUGUGUUUGGCCAGUUCAUCUCCCACGACUUGGCACACACGCCCCAGAUGGCUACAUUGGUCAACGUCUGCGCUGCUGUGGCGUCAACUUCCGAGACUUUCACCCAGAGUGUUACCCAAUCCGGCUGCCAGACAACGACCCGGUCUACUCCCCACUCAAGCAAAAGUGCUAAGAAUACAUACGGUCUGGCACUGCCCCCCGAACCGGAUGCACAUUGCCCCAGAGAACAGAUCAACCAAGUGACAUCCUUCAUUGAUGGGUCGGUAAUCUACGGGUCCAGCAAGGGGGAGAGUGACGAGCUGCGUGCCUUCUCUGGCGGCCUCCUCAAGGUGCAGCGCGGCCCGGCAAACACCCAGAUCCUCAUGGCUGACACCAACCAGAUUGACUGCAAGACCUCAGGAAGAUUCAAGUGUUUCAAAUUUGUGGCCUCUCUCAUGCCAAAUACUGUGGCCUAUUUUGAUGAGGAGAAGGUGAAAGAGCGUCCCAUCACAGACACCUUCUAUGCUCCCUUCGACCUUUACGAGCCCAACAAGUUUGACCAGGGAGUCUGUGCAAUCUGGGACUCCAGAAAAAAGAGAAAUGUAUUAAGUAAGGUGACAGUGUUUCCCCCAUACACAGAGCUCACUGCUGACCACAAGGGGCCGCUGGGGUCGGCCUACGCCUUCAGCAAGCCCAAGGCACAGGCUGUCAAGAUAUCAAACUCUUCCUUCAUUCUCCAGUUUGCUUCGGCACGAUUUGUAAACAAUUUCCUCUUUGAAGCCAGGUCACGCAAGACUCGGGCAGCAGACGGCCAGCUCAAAGACAUUGAGUCAGGUUCCCCAAACAACGUACUGGAUUUGAUGGAGGUUCUGCCUAACACUGACGUCAGCGAUAUCACGGAAAUUCCUAGCGUGUUUGAGCGUGACGACCAGACACUGCCCUGCGACCACACUUUGCGUUUCCGCACAGCUACAGGGUGGUGCAAUAAUCUUAACUUCCCGUCCUUCGGCAAGUCGUUCAGGGCAAAAAGUCGACUCCUACGUCCUUCUUAUGAGGACGGCUACCGGGAGCAAAUGAACCAAGUGACUGCCUUCAUCGACGCCUCUCACACCUAUGGCUCGGACAAGUGUGAGCAGCAGCAACUGAGGACCAAGUCAGACGGCAUGCUACGAGGCACACCCAACCCCCUGUGAGGCAAAGACCUGCUGCCCACUGAGAAUGAGAACCACGAGUGUCAGGCUCCCUCUGGCCGGUGCUUCACUGGAGGAGACACCCGGGCCUCAGAGCAGCCUGGCUUGGCUGCGCUACACACUCUGAUGAUGCGUGAACACAACAGAGUGGCCGGGGAACUGAAGCGCCUCAACAAACACUGGAAUGAUGAGCAGCUCUUCCAAAAUGCCCGGCGUAUCGUGACGGCCAUCAACCAGCAUGUCACGUACAAUGAGUGGCUGCCAAGGGUGCUGGGGUGGAACGCUGUUAAUCUGUAUGAGCUUAACUUGCUGCCUGAGGGCUAUUCUGAAGAUUACGAUGCAUACUGCAACCCAACAGUGCUCAAUGAAUUUGGCAUAGCCUUCCGCUUUGGCCACUCUCUACUCAAGCCUUCCCUGGAGCGCAUGGACGGAAUAUUUGCCAAGCGCAACCCUCCUGUCAAGCUGAGCGAACACUUCUUCAACCCAGACCUACUCUACCAGCCUGGGAUGCUUGAUGAGAUCAUCCGCUGCCUGACUACUGUGUCCAUGGAGACACUGGACCAGUUCUUGACAGAUGAGGUGACCAACCAUCUCUUUGAAGACAAGCGGCAGCCAUUCUCUGGCCUGGACCUGGCUGCCCUCAACAUCCAGCGAGGCAGAGACCAUGGACUGCAGCCUUACAAUGAGUACAGGGCCCUCUGUAACCUGACCAGGGCGAGGUCGUUUGAUGACCUGCACAGGGAGAUAGCGAGGCCGGUGAUCGAGCGAAUGAAACGGACGUACGCACACGUGGAUGACAUAGAUCUGUUCACUGGUGGAUUGAUUGAGACGCCGCUGCACGGUGGACUGGUCGGUCCCUCGUUCGGCUGCAUCCUCGGCAUUCAGUUCAGGAACCUCCGCUGCUGUGACCGGUUCUGGUACGAGAAUGCUGACCCACUUGUGCGCUUCACCGACCCUCAGCUCACUGAAAUAAGAAAGGUGACACUGUCCAAGCUUCUGUGUGACAACUGUGACUAUGUGGAAAGUGAACAGUGGUCUGUCUUUGACCUUCCAGACCCCUUCCUGAACCCCCGAGUGUCAUGUCGCGACCUCCCCGGGGUGAACCUUGAGCUGUGGAAAGAGCGUGUGUCAUGUGGCGUAGGCAAGACUAACAUCGACAUAAGUGGAGCAGAACGCAUCUCUCCUUGUGUUAUGUGCACCUGUACCAAGGAAGGGCCUGUCUGCCAGAGCCUCAAGAUAGACAACUGCUUCCACCUGGCCCAGUCCUACAGUCCUGAGUCUAUUCUGAAUGACCACGUGUGCAAGGUGCAGUGUGCAUUUGCCUUCCGUGCCUUCCCACAAGUGGCCACUCAGGACUCCAACCAGCUCGGAUUUGCCAACAGUUAAAGAGCUGACGUCACAAGAAAUGGUUAGAGAAUAUUUUGCAAUGUCCCUAUCUUGUGAAGUAUGUUAGGGGUGGGGAUGCUCUCUCUCUCUCUCUCUCUCUCUCUCUCUGUCUGUCUGUCUGUGUAAGAGGCAAGUUUUGUUUUUGUUCAGCAGAUAUAUGGUAUAUUAUGACAGUAAAUUUGGGGUUGAGUGGUUGUAUUUAGCAAUGUCUCUCUGGAGUAAUGCUGUAAAUUUUUGUGUUUGUUUCUCCCUUGUAUGUAUGUAUGUAUGUUCCUCCUGCUCCUCCUCCUUGGGUUUGUGGAAGACUAUAACAUCUUACAGAAAAAAAAAAAAAAAAAAAAUUAAGUUGUUUUCAUAAUGCUGCUACUGCUGUUUGUAUGUAUGUAUGUAUCUAUGCAUCUGUGUAUAUGUGUGUGUGUGUGUGUGUGUGUGUGUGUGUGUGUGUGUGUGUGUGUGUGUGUGUAUUGAUGGAAACACACACACACACACACACACACACACACACACACACAUGAUUAGGUAGAGAACAGACACAAGAAAAGGUAUAUUCAUUCAAAUCUUGCAAAAUGACCUUAGUAUGGCCCAGAAUACAGGUCAUUUAAGGUCAAGUUGCAUGAAAUUUGGUUAUUUAGUGAGGAAUGUUGGUAUAUGUUGACCUCAGCAAGACCCAGGACACAAGGUCAUUCAAGGUCAGAUGUAUUGCUGUUUUGAAUUCAGCAGAUCCAGAAUGAAAGGUCAUUGAAGGUCAAAUUAUGUUUAUGAAGCUUUUCUAUUUAAUUUAGUGAGAUGUGUGUGUGUGUGUGUGUGUGUGUGUGUGUGUGUGUGUGUGUGUGUGUGUGUGUGUGUUCAUGUGUUAUUCAAUAUCAUUCAUCUAUGUCUUUUCAGCUCCUUUUAGCCCUAACUUAUUCAUGUGUGUUCUGUCAAUGGUCUCACUUCAUUGCACCUCCAUUCACUGUGUUAAGAAAGGAAAAGUCUCUUGGUGUGGUAGGAAACUGAAAAUUAUAUUUCUGCGUGCUUAUUUUCUUCUGCUAAGUAAACCUAACUCAUAUUUUAUCCUAGUGUGUGUGUGUGUGUGUGUGUGUGUGUGUGUGUGUGUGUGUAUUGUAUGUUAAUGUAAAUUGUAAUAUGUAUUUUAUUUUUUAUAAAAUAUUGGCUAAACAUGAUAUUUCUAUGUAGUAAUGUCCCUCUUCAGUCUCCCUGUGUGUGUGUGUGUGUGUGUGUGUGUGUGUGUGUGUGUGUGUGUGUGUAUUGUAUGUUAAUGUAAAUUGUAAUAUGUAUUUUAUUUUUUAUAAAAUAUUGGCUAAACAUGAUAUUUCUAUGUAGUAAUGUCCCUCUUCAGUCUCCCUGUGUGUGUGUGUGUGUGUGUGUGUGUGUGUGUGUGUGUGUGUGUGUGUGUGUGUGUGUGUGUGUGUGUGUGUGUGUGUGUGUGUGUGUAUUGUAUGUUAAUGUAAAUUGUAAUAUGUAUUUUAUUUUUAAUAAAAUAUUGGCUAAA